CAUGAAUGUAUGACGUAGUUCACAUUACUCUGAUUAUUUAAAAUAUAAGUAUUUCCUAAUGUACAGAUGUACUGUAGCAUUACUCGGUCUAUCAAGAGGUGAAUAUUAGACUCAUAUUCAGUGCGACUAUCAGAUCCAGACACAGCUCAAAGAGUGAUUCGAAAGGAUAAACAAACUUCAGUUUUGAAGGAGGAUAAGUCAAGAAAUUAAGCAAGAUUACACAAACGUUGCAGUACUGAAUGUUGCAGUAAAGUUAAUAAAAGAAAAUGAGUACAAGACGUUCCGAUAAGCAGCGGAUUAAUGCCAAGGAUGAAGGAUGUUGUAGUGUACUGUUUCUCAAAUAUGUGCUAUUUAUUUUUAACACAAUAUUUUUGCUAUCUGGGCUAGGUGUGUUAGGUGUAGGGGUGUGGACCCUGCUCUCCAAGAGUUCAUAUGUGAGCCUUCUCAGUACAAGCCUCUUCUCUGUCACCACCUACAUCCUCAUAGCAGUUGGUGCUAUCGUUGUUGUCAUUGCCUUAUUGGGAUGUUUUGCAGCAUUCAAAGAGAACCGUGUAGGUCUCAUGGUGUAUGCCACUCUGUUGUUCCUGGUUUUCCUGAUGGAGGCAGUAGCUGGGGUGUUGGCAUAUAUGUAUAACACCUCUAUUCAGGGAGAACUAGAAAGAAACUUGAACAACACUAUGAUAAACUGGUAUCACUUUGAUGCAGAUAAAACAGCAGCCAUUGAUAAACUGCAAAGAGAAUUUACAUGUUGUGGGGCAGUGUCAUUUGAGGAUUGGCGAUAUAGUCGCUGGUUAAAGGAGGCUAAAGAGAAAAAUACAACACAGUCUAUUAAUAAAGCACCUGAUUCCUGCUGCAAGACUGAAUCAGAAGGUUGUGCAGUGAGCGAUCACCCUUCCAAUAUCAAUUACAAUGGUUGUUUAACGGCACUUUCCAACUAUGUUAAAGAACAUCUUAUAAUCUUAGGAGGAGUGGGCAUUGGGAUAUGCUUCUUACAAAUAUUUGGCAUAGUGUUUGCAUGCUGCCUUGCUAAGAGGAUUAAAGACUACAAAUACAAAGAAGUUCAAGUCCAGUAUGCCUAUGCACGGUGAUUUUGUGUUGAUAAGGUGUUUGCAAGAAGUGAUUGUAUCAGUUUGGACAUGACGCAAUAAACUCCAAUAUGAACUCAGCAUUUCCUAUAGAUCAAGAAGAUAGUCCGAUGGUACAAAUUCGGAUAAACCAUUGAAAAAAUACAUUGGCUGAGACACUUUCAGAGAAUUUCUAUGAAAUGCUGAGUUAAAUUCUGAGUCAAGUGAUGUAUUCACUACAUUAUCAAUAAUAAAAUCUACCAAUAUCAGUCGUAUAAACUGGUAGAUUAGAUAUAAACAGCUUUUUUAGACACAAUUUAUGGUAAGAAAAUCAAUGAGAAAAGUCAGACAGAAAAUGUUAUACAUACAAAUUGGGC